AUCACCAUCAUUGGUUUCCUCCUAAAACCAACAGCCUCUCAUUGACUUCUCAUUUUCUCCUCUCUUCUCGUUACACACACUGAAAUGUGGUCGCUGUGUGUAUAAAAAGUUUGUUGGAUUUCCUCUACCUCCGAAAUAUCUGGUGUGUCUCAGAUCUCAACUGUCUCUCUCUUUCACACACAGUUUCAUUUUUUACUGUGUGUGUGGCUUUUGAUUCGAUCGAAACUGGCUCUCAUGAAUUAGAAAUGCUGCAAGUGAUUGGUUUGAUUGUAUAAUCGAGCUAUAAAUAUAGUUCGGGUUUGCAAUCUAUACGUAUAUUGAUAGAUAUACUGAAGAUGUUGGAUCUUAAUGUUGAUGUAGUAGUGUCUGUUGAUGGUUCUGGUUUUAUUCGCGAUCGGAUUGAAUUUGAGACUGCGAAGAAUGUUUCGGAAGAUCGUCAAUCGGAGAUUCAAUAUUCCGGUACUUCAGUUUCAUCCGACGUUUUGAACGCCGACGACGAUCCUCCCGUCACCAAUGCUGAUGACGAAGGCUCGGUAUCGUAUACUGCUAGUAAUAUCGAGAAGCUCCGCUAUCAUAUCGGUAUCGUCGAUCGAAUUGGGAAAGUGAAAGAGGUUUCUAAUGGAAUAUCUGGUGGUUUGAUUACGAGGCAGUUUUUUCCGGUUGACAGUGAUCUGGAGUUGGAGGACGAGGAGUUAGGUUCUCAGUCAAUAACAUCGCUGCCGUUGGCGACGUCUUUGCUUGGAUCGCACUGGUUGAACCUUAAGGUUCCGGAACCUGCGCUGGCGCCACAAAACCUGCAAGUUCACCCGCCACCGCCGCAGCAGGCAAAGAAAAGCCGGCGAGGACCAAGGUCUCGAAGUUCACAGUAUCGAGGUGUGACUUUCUAUCGUCGGACUGGUCGAUGGGAAUCACAUAUCUGGGAUUGUGGGAAACAAGUUUAUUUAGGCGGAUUUGACACUGCCCUGGCUGCAGCUAGAGCCUAUGAUCGAGCUGCCAUCAAGUUCAGGGGAAUUGAUGCGGAUAUCAACUUUCAUAUAAACGAAUAUGAGGAAGAUAUGACACAGGUGGUAAAGAAUUUGUCAAAAGAAGAAUUUAUUCAUAUACUCCGUAGACAGAGCACAGGAUUCUCACGAGGAAGUUCAAAAUACCGAGGAGUAACCCUCCAUAAAUGUGGGAGAUGGGAGGCUCGCAUGGGUCAGCUUCUUGGAAAAAAGUAUGUUUACCUUGGAUUAUUCGACAACGAAGUAGAAGCUGCAAGGGCUUAUGACAAAGCUGCCAUUAAAUGUAACGGCAAGGAAGCUGUCACCAACUUUGAGCCAAGCAUCUAUGGAGCCGCCGAUAUAAGCUUGGAAGCCAUGGAUGAAGAAGCUAGCGGUCACAAUCUUGAUCUCAACCUCGGGAUUUCUCCCACUAAAGAUAGUCCGGGGGCAAAUUCAAAUUUACAGGCACAGGCACAGGCACAAGCUCAAGCUCAAGCUCCGUUAUGGCCUAGUAACAUGUAUUAUGGUUUUACACCAAACAAUGAGGAAAAAGCGAUAGGAAUGGCAUCUGCGAAUAAUAUUCAAGGGCUCUCAGCAUGGCAGACACAAAUGCAACUGCAAAUGCAAAUGUUGGGGGGCAAUUAUAGCAUGGGUGUGACAUUUCCAAUUCCGGUUUCUUCUAUUGCAGCAUCAUCAGGAUUCUCUUCUACUACUACUGUUUUCUCAAAUAGGGGUAGUAUCCAACACCAACAGCCAACCAACAUGGCCAGGGGCACUUCUUCUUCGAUAUACUUUCAGUAACCAGAUUGGUUAAUAAAAGCAAGUCAUGUUGACUGCUUGACUGACCGCUAUUCAUGUGGCA